GAAAAACAAAAUGGCCGAUAUUAUUAGUCUCAAUUGCCUUGUGAUUCAUACCACCAUUCCUGAAAGUAUUUCUGUAGAUAAUAUUAUUGUGCUUGAGAUUCCAACUAACAAACAAGUCGAUAUCCUAAGACCUAUGAUUAAGGAACGAUUUCCAUUUUGGUUUGAAAAUAUUAUUCCUUAUGAAUUUGUUCUUCAUAAGAUUAAUGUAGAUCUAAUUAUAAACAUCCACCAGCAAAUUACAGUGUAUCAAGAUGGGAAUGGAGACGUUGGUAGGCCAAUAUAUCCAUAUGAAUUAAUUUCUAAGUAUUUUAAUAGACAACCUCCCAAUGAAAAAAUUCAUAUUAUUGUACAAAAACAAUACACGGAAAUCUCAAGAAAUACUCAAGAUAUGAAAGUGGUAUUUGACUAUGAAGAG